UUUUAAUUUACUUGAGACAGAUUUUUCGAUUUACAAUAAUACUGCAAUGCCGCCAAAAAAGCAUAGUACCCUAAUGAUGAUCAUCCAGCAAUGGCGCAACAACAACGCAGAGCGGAGUAGAAUGACGACUCCCCAAGCAGUCGCACACUGUGACGAAAUAACGAAAAACAUGACUGAGCAUCAAGGCGGCACGUACAGUUCUCAGGCCAAAAGCGCUGACGUCGCAGCUCGAGCCAAAAGAGAGCCAAUGUACCGUUGUGGUCCGGCCAUCUCAGCUGUGGAGCGGCAGGAGCGCGAGAGGGCUGAGAAGCAGAUGCAAAUGAAACUCGCCAUUGAACGUAUUUUGAGAGACGGCAGGGAACAGCAUGAUCUGGAGAACACAAAGUUUGUUUUCGCUGCCUUUAAUUAUUUUGUGAAGAAUAACGAAAGCAUUUACAUUCCGGCCGAGUUUGCUGCCUGUCUGUAUUCAUUAAAGUCUGGCAAAACUUCGACCUACAGCUCGCUGAUCAAUCCAAAUCGUUUGAUAUGCGGCCGAUACAGCGCAGCGCAAGAUCACACAGAGUCCACGCAUCAGUUGCCACUACCACCAUACGCCAUGGGAGAGUCCGACAUGAGUAGACUCUAUUCCAAUAUAUUAGAGUACUUGCGAAGCUGCCAAAGCGACAAUCCCCAUGGGCCUUUGGUGGUCUUCACCAGCACUGAAUUGAUGCCUGUGGUGAAGGGAUGUUUCCGUUAUCUUGCAUUUGCAUGUGAUAUGGAUAUGGAAGAAGUAGAGAAACAGCAAAUCCAUGUAUAUGAUAUACAAUAUUUAUUUUAUGUGCUGAAAAUAGAAGUCAUGGGAAUGUCCCAUUUGCGAUCGAAUGCUAUCAAUAAAUGCAUUACGGACACGCUGUUUGAAUAUGACUAUUUUGAAUAUCAUUCGGGCAUCUCGUGUCAAUAUCAUGAGGAUAGAGAUCGAUCAAAGUAUUGUACGCAGUCUAUGGUUGCCAGAUGGUCCUAUCUUUUUAGCGACUACAUGUGCGGAGAUCUCGCUAUAAAACCAUUGAUCGGCAAGCACCUGCCACCCAAGCAGGAACCCAAGUUCACCGUCGAAUGAAACAUCAACAUCAAAUGAAACUAUAAAUAACAAAGAAAUUUAUAUACCCAGUUAACUGCUGAUCUUACCAAACGAGACAAUGAUUUGCUCCCGUUUGUUAGCUUUUGAAUAGUUAUGUUUUCUUUAUUUACAUUUGCAAAAAUUAUGCAUUAUCGAUGAUAUAAAUAUCUGGGCGCGACUUAAAA